UUAAAUGUUUAUUGUGUUGCUUGUGCCAGAAUUAUAUUUCAUGAUCAAGUAAGUAUUGAGUAUUGGUAUAUUGAGGACAGUCUUAAUUAGUAUCAGUUCAGUGGUAUAAGUACUAGUUAAUUGAUAUGUAUACCAGUCUAGUGGUAUAGUACAAGUUCAGUGGUAUAUAUGUACCACUGAAGUAGUAUUAUUACCGCCGAAGUUGUGCGAAGACCAUUUCUAUUCAUUACUCGUCGGCAAAGAUAUUUCAAUGACAUUGAAAGAAGUUGACCAAUAAUUAAGACAAAAGAAAAAUAAUAAAAUCAAUUCCAAACUUCAAAAGUGGUGGAGACCACAAUAUUUUCAUGACGAUGUAUUCCAAACUCCACUGGUACACGUACCACUCCACUGGUACACGUACCACUCCACUGGUACACGUACCACUUCACUGGUACACGUACCAGUCCAUUGGUGUGUUUCCUCUGCCGCCUAGUGGUACCACCCUCACCUUCAGAUUCUGUCGCCGCCACUUAGGGUUGAUCGAAUCUCUACCGUGGAAGGACGGUGGUCAACAGGAAAAGAUCAAGCGCAGGCCGUGGAUAAGAGGAAGUUGUUGGAAGGUGAUGUUUGAGAUGGAAGACGGAGGACGGCAGACGGCCGACGACAUGGAUGGUCGGACUUGUUGUAAGGGCGGCGGGGAUAUCCGCCAGCCGUGUAAUGAUGAACCAGAGCUAUGGUUCUCCACAACAAUGGAAAGAAACAAGGGGAAAUAGCAGAGGAGGGAGGGGGAAAAUAGAAACAAAGGGAAAGGGAGUAGAAACGCCACAGAGGGAAAGGGGAUCCAGCUAAAUUGCCCCAUUCUCGUGCAUAAUUAAUAUGACAAUUAAUUCUUUCUCCAUUUAUAUUUAUUUGGGACAGCCAUUAAUACUUGUCUAAUAAUUAAAUAUAAAACUGACCAAUCAAUAGGAGGGUGUCGAAAAUCACUACCACUUUAGGGGUUAGCAUAGUAUCCGACCCCUUUUUAACCCACCAUACACCCACAUUUAGUCUCGGGUUGGGUUGGGCGGAUGGUGGAUGAUGUGGAUGGGUUUGCGGGUUCACCCACAUCACAAUAUACAUACUACAAAGGAGUCAACUUGACAUGAUAAUUGGUGGAGAGAGUUAUCGGACGAAAACAUGGAGAUUGAUUAGGAAAAUAUAUGUCGAAUUGGUUAUGAAAUUGGAUAGAAAUUGUAUUAUUGAUGAGUUUUCUACAAAUGGAGAUGAUUAUCAAGUGCAUGGAAAUAAGAAAAAUAAUUCAACGAAGGAAAGAGACGUGAUAUAGGCACAAGAAUUGGAGAAAAAAAUAAAGGAACGAAGAGGGGAUCGCGAUUUGGAAGAUUGACAUUGAGGUUCAAUCUCCAUGAGAAGCCCUAGUUUCCGUCCAAAGUCUUCACACCCCCCCUCAGCGCCAACGACUUUGUUCUUUUUGCUAUUGGGUUGAGCGGGUGGCUCCCAGUACACCCGUUACCCACCCAUAAACCCAUCCACAUAACGAAAUUCGGGUCAAAUACGAGUGGAUUGGGCCAAACCCGUGAAUGAUCCACCCGCAUGCCCAACCCUAAUCAAACCUACCGAACUUGUCAUUAUUGACGGGUCAAAUUCCAUAUAUCCAGUAAUUUGCAAAACCUAAUUAUUAUUAAUAUGCUAUUCAACUCAACUUUAUUUCAUAACAUUUACAUCAAUUGCAAGUGAAUUGCAAUUGCAUAUAUGAGCAUUUAAGUGAUUUUAUAAUAAAUUAAAAUAAAUAACUCAACAAAGCAAAAAUAUUUAUUGUUUAUUAUUUUUCUAUAUGGUUUGGAUCUUCAAUUUCAUUUAACGAAAACUUGUAUAUUUACAAGUGCCCCUAUAUUAGUGUAAUACUCUUUGCAAUUGCAUAUUGUGUGUCAUGUAGAAUUUGGAAUAGAGCAAAAUAUUAAUGUGGAUACUAUUAAACCUAUUAGUUAAAAAGUUUUGAAACUUUUGCUAAGAGUGGAAUGAACGCUAACUACAUAAAAAGACAAAUGAGAUAUCAUGAGAAAAUAAAUAAUAUUAUUAAUAUUUAAAGAUAUUAGUUUAAAAAGAAAAUUCUACUCUCCUUUCAUAAAUUUGGCAGCUAUUUAAUAAGGAAAUUCGAAACUAAAACUAGAAAUCUGAAUUAACUUUUAAUGUUUAAAAAUAAAAAAUAAAAAUACCCACGCUCCAUAGCGACUUCCAAUAACAUUAUUAAUAUUUUUAAUGGUACUAUUAAUGUUUAUGCAAUGAUUAUAAUUGAUAUACCCAUCAUUAUUAAUAAUUUCAAAUAUUUAUCAAUAUUUUAAUAUUAUAAAAGUUUACAUAAAAAUGUGGAUAAUGACACUCUUAAUCAUUAAUAACUAAGUUGUAUUGGCAUUGAAAAUACAAGUAAAAUCAUUGACAAUAACUGCAUCUAAAUGAGUAAUACUCAUAGUACAUGUUACUAAUACCUCUCUCUCCCAAAAUGUUGAUGGCAAAAUAAAAACGAUUAAUAGCUAUGUUGUGUUUCGUUUAAAAUGCAAACAAAACCAUUGAUAAUGAUCGGAUUUAAUGAUCGUCAACCACACUAAAUUAUUAAUAAUUUUUCUCAAACAUUGAUACGUUUAUACCCGCCCAUUAACAAUGAUACAAACUAAGACAAAACGUAAGUAAUUAACAAUACCUAUAUAUAACAAAAUUAACCACUGUAAAUUGUCUAAAAUGAAAGCAAAAAAUGUUA